UUGGAGCCAAAUAACAUUUACUCAUCAAACACAGAGUCACAACACCAACACCAGUGUUUCAGUUCAAAAUCUUCAUCCCACACCUCUCAUCACAUCACCACUCACUGAUUUAUGCUUUUCAAAUCUUUCUCCUGUGGGUUGAAGAAAAUGCUCAGUUUAUGCAGGAUGAUUACGAUUUUCCUUUUCUUGCUCUCCGUUUGUGGGUGCUGCCACGGCCAAAUCUACACCUUCACCAUGUACCACCGCUACUCUGAGCCCGUCAAGAAGUGGUGCCACUCCGCUACCGAAACCCUAGAAAAAGGGAACUGUGAGUACUACGCUGAGUUGGCCGACCGCGACCGCACCAGACUCUCUUUCUCCGGCGGGAACUCCUCCACCUUCCGCAUCAAUUCGCUAGGAUUUUUGCAUUAUGCAACUGUUCAAUUAGGGACACCGGGUGUGAAGUUCAUGGUGGCGCUUGAUACAGGAAGUGACCUGUUCUGGGUACCCUGUGAUUGUGUCAGAUGUGCAUCCUUGGAUAGCACAGCCUAUGGUUCAGAUUUUGACCUUAGUACGUAUAGUCCUAGUAGAUCUUCCACAAGCAAAAAGGUCACUUGUAACAGUAGUUUGUGUAUGAACCACAACCAAUGCCAUGGGGCAUUCAGCAACUGCUCUUACAUGGUCUCUUAUGCCUCUGCCGAAACGUCUACGUCAGGAAUACUAGUGGAGGACGUUCUGCACUUUACGGAUGGCGAUAAUCACCAUAUUGAAGCUAAUGUCAUGUUCGGAUGUGGACAAGUUCAGAGCGGAUCAUUCUUAGAUGUUGCUGCUCCAAACGGUUUGUUUGGGCUUGGCAUGGAGAAUAUAUCAGUUCCUAGCAUGUUGUCAAGGCAAGGCUUUACAGCGGAUUCGUUCUCCAUGUGUUUUGGACGUAGUGGUGUUGGCAGGAUAAGUUUUGGUGACAAGGGAAGUCUUGAUCAAGAUGAGACUCCAUUUAAUCUGAACCCAUCCCACCCCACCUACAACAUCACCGUCACCCAAGUCCGUGUAGGAACAUCUCUAAUUGAUUUGGAAUUCACUGCUCUCUUUGAUUCGGGGACCUCCUUCACAUUAUUGGUUGAUCCAACCUAUACAAAUAUCUCUGAGAGUUUUCAUUCCCAAGUACAAGAUAGGCGGCACCCUUUUGAUUCGAGAAUUCCUUUUGAAUAUUGUUAUGAUAUGAGUCCUAAUGCAAAUACCAGCUUGCUCCCUAGCAUGAGUUUAGUUAUGGGAGGCGGAAGCCAUUUUGCUGUGUUUGAUCCUAUAAAGAUUAUCUCUAAUCAGAGGGUGCAUGUAUAUUGUCUAGCAAUUGUGAAGAUGAAAAGUGCUGAGCUUAACAUAAUUGGACAAAACUUUAUGACGGGUUACCAUGUUGUAUUUGACCGGGAAAAGCUCAUAUUGGGAUGGAAACAAUCAAAUUGUUAUGAUGACAUUGAGGAUCAUAAUGCUGUAUCAAUAGGACCACACUCAAAUAAUGUGCCUCCUACUUUCACCACCGGUCUUGGCAAUUACCCGGAAACUAGAAAGACUAAAUACAAUUCUCAACGGUCAACUGCAUCACCGUCGUCGCAUUGCAGCUUCAGAUUUGUAUUAUUUUGUUUUGUUUACAUGUUUGGGGGUCAUUUAUUUGUAUAUACUGGUGGUUAAUCUCUUUUCCGAGUCUUGGUUUGUUCAAUAGGCUUCGUUCUAUUUUCCUCGAGCUUCGGAAUUGGGUGCAUUGGUGCCAACCAUUGGAGUUUAAUCUCUUCGCUGAGUGUUGGUUUAUGUCUGUGUCCGCCAUCAUAGACGUUUGAUGGUUCAGAUGCUUCAUCUUUAUUCUCAUAUGAUGUUGUUUGAAAUCCUUGGUGGUUAAACGA